CUGCUCUCUAGAUUUUCUACACUGUCUUGUUUCCAUCUCUAUAAAAGUGCUUCUGAUGUUAAAAGCAGAAAAUUUUCAAGUCAGACAAAACAUAGCAACAUCAAUGCUUCAACUGAAUACUACUACUAAUUAAUAAUCUUCUGUCUUCUUCAAGUGAGAUAAUUAAUAAACAUAGCGAAACCAUUGCUUGUUUUCAUGGCGGUGAAAUAUAUGAAUGCUUAGCUUGGUGAGAAAUUCUGAAACAAGAAAUAAUAGUGUCCUUGUGAUGCAGGUUGUACAUAAUGUAUACACAUUUAUAUAUCUGAUUCUUGAUGCUUUUUUUUGUGUAUUCAAGAAAUGAUUUAAUUUAAUUUAUUCAUCUAUUUCCAUAGCUAUCCAUUAUUUUUGCAAGUCUAGUUAUUUUGGCAGUUUCUUUAAAUCUUCCGUUUCAAAAAAAAAAAAUCAUCCAUUUCAUUCUCUUACUGUAGGUGUGAUCUUGAAGAUUUGGCAAAUACUGUUGAAAGUGGACUGAAGCAGAGAUAUUUGAUUUUUUUUUUGUUGCCCUUUCUCUUGUGGAAAGGGUUAGAUCCACCACAAGUGGAAGAGGCUUCAUUUCCUCUGUCUGUUUCUUGAGAAACAUUGACUCAGUGAUUUGACAAAAAGAAGGAUAGGUUAGAGUUAUUGGAAAGAGAGGAAAAAGUGUAUCCCUUUGGAUCCUUUGGAGAUUUCAGCCUAAAUUAUUGAAAGCCUACAAUGAGUUUUGGAUUCAUAUAGCUUCAAAAAGCUGGUGUGUAAUCUCAAAAGAGGGAGUUUUUUGGCUGAGGGCUUUGUGUUUUAUGUUUUGAAGUUAAUGUGAUUCAGUGAGAAGAAAGUGGUGAGUGAGAGGUCUUGUCAUGUCUACAAGUUUUGUAUCCAUCUGCAACUCAAGCUGUGUGUUUGGUUUGGCCUUGUCUUGAUGUCCAACUUGCCUUAAUAAUGCAUUCAUCAUUACAAAAUCUCUACAGGUUUCAGUAGAAAUCAAUCUUCUUAAAAGAGAGAUAGGAAUCUAGAGAAUAGUUAUUGCAUUUAAGUCUUAAAAUGAUCAGAGGAAAACAUGAGAAGAGACCAAGUUCUAAUGGGACUGAGAAGGUUCUUGUUGCUGUUAAAGCAUCUAGGGAGAUUUCAAAGACAGCAUUGGUUUGGGCUUUGACACAUAUUGUUCAUCCUGGAGACUGCAUAACUCUUGUUGUUGUUGUCACUUCUCACAAUGCUGGUACUACUUUCUCUUCUUUGGUACUAAGUCAUGGAGAUGUACUUACCUAUGUUUUAAUCCAUUGUCUUGUUUGUUUAGGUCGAAAGCUUUGGACUCUCCCUAAGUUUGCUGGAGACUGUGCAAGUGUUCAUAGGAAACCACAUUCUGAUGCAAUCCCUGAGAUAAAAAGUGACCUCACUGAUACUUGUUCUCAAAUGAUUCUCCAGCUUCAUGAUGUCUAUGACCCAAACAAGGUUACUAACUUAGCCCAUUACCAAAACAUUAAAAAAACAGUUAUUCUCAUGUUUUUAUUUUUUUGGAAGGUUAAUGUUAGGAUCAAAAUUGUUUCUGGAUCACCAUGUGGAGCUGUUGCAUCUGAGGCCAAGGAAUCACAAGCAACUUGGGUAGUUCUGGAUAAGCACCUUAAGCAAGAAGUGAAGUGGUGCAUUGAUGAGCUACAAUGUAACAUUGUGGCCAUAAAGCGUUCUCAAGCAAAAGUUCUGCGGUUGAACUUGGUCGGUUCACCAACAACAAAAGAUGCAGUGAAAGAGAACAAAAGCAGGUCGUUAGGUUCUGUUGGAGCAGUAGUUACAACUCCUUUGAGCAGUCCUGAGGUUGGCACACCAUUCACAGGUACAGAAGCUGGGACAUCAUCAGUGGCUAGCUCUGAUCUUGGAACAUCAUCGCCUAUUUUCACAGCGGAAGUGAAAAAGGAUGAUACUAAUGCUGCUCAAGAAACCAAGAUUUCAAGGCGCAGUGAUUCUGAGACUAGUGGAAACAUAAGAGGAGCAGUUUCACUAUCACGAAAUGCUCCUCCGGUUCCACCUCCUCUCUGCUCUAUAUGUCAGCACAAAGCACCUGUAUUUGGAAAACCACCGAGGUUUUUCUCUUACAAAGAGUUAGAGCUUGCAACAAAAGGGUUUUCACAAUCUAACUUCUUGGCAGAAGGAGGGUUUGGAUCUGUUCAUAGAGGUGUGUUACCUGAAGGACAGAUUGUAGCGGUAAAGCAACACAAACUAGCUAGUACUCAAGGAGAUGUAGAGUUCUGCUCUGAAGUAGAGGUUUUGAGCUGUGCUCAGCAUAGAAACGUGGUUAUGCUAAUUGGUUUCUGCAUUGAACAAAGCAGAAGACUCUUGGUCUAUGAGUACAUAUGCAAUGGUUCAUUAGACGCUCAUCUAUACGGUCGCCAUAAGGAUACUUUGGAGUGGCCUGCAAGGCAGAAAAUAGCGGUUGGAGCGGCUCGAGGUCUUAGAUAUCUUCAUGAAGAGUGUAGAGUGGGCUGCAUUGUUCACAGAGACUUAAGGCCUAACAAUAUACUAAUCACUCAUGACUACGAACCACUGGUUGGAGACUUUGGUUUAGCACGGUGGCAGCCUGAUGGAGAGCUCGGUGUAGACACACGCAUAAUAGGAACUUUCGGCUACUUAGCUCCAGAGUAUACUCAAAGUGGUCAGAUCACAGAGAAAGCUGAUGUUUACUCAUUUGGGGUUGUACUUAUCGAGCUAAUCACGGGUCGUAAAGCCAUGGAUAUCUCCAGACCAAAAGGACAACAAUGUUUAACUGAAUGGGUAAACACUGCAAACUUAAAAAGGUUUCUUGUUUCUCAAGUUUUCUUUAAGCUCAUUUUAGGGUUUGGUGAGCAGGCUAGGACUAGAUUAGAAGAGUAUGCGGUUGAAGAGCUGGUUGAUCCGAAGCUGGAGAAGAGAUAUUCAGAGACAGAAAUUAUAUGUAUGAUUCAUACAGCUUCAUUGUGUAUACGCAGAGAUCCGCAUGUGCGUCCUCGUAUGUCUCAGGUGUUGCGUUUACUGGAAGGAGACAUGUCAGUGAAUGAGAGGUUUAGUGGAAGAUUAUCGACUGAGAGUCAGAGAUCAGUGAGAUAGUUAUGUACUAAUGAUGAUGUUAAUGACUAAAUAACGUAACUAACCAACAAAACAUGUUGUCAACAAAUUGUUCUUAUGUCUCUCAGUCACACAAAACUAUUUAUGUUAUCGUCGAGUGAGAGAAGUCAGAGA